ACCGGCUGCCUUUCUGUUAUCCUUUCAUAGCAUGGUUUUAUAUAGGGAGAAAGAAAGAUGGGAUCAGAGCAGUGGUUGUGUUCCCGGGGCCUGCCACCGGACUCUCGAGCAUUCCGGGCAUGGAAGGUGGCAAUGAGAAAGGAUGGACAGUUCCUCAGUUUGGGGGUUGGAAUGAGAAAACAGGAGGGGCGCCGGAUUACUCGAUGGUGUUCUCACGUGCUCGGGCCAAUCGGAAGCAGCAGAAGACGAGCGAUGUUGUUAAGAAAUCAAGCGUAGCUAACGAAGAAGAGAAUACUAUCAGGCACCAGCAGGAUCAACGUCCAAACAAUGACUGCUCUACUAAAAGAAGGAAGCUGCUGAGCUACUUGUGUUUGAUCCCUAAUGCUCAUUAAAUCUACCAGUCAUAGAUUUGUUUUCCCCAAAAAUGAAAUGAGAGAGAGAUGUUAUUCAGUGUGGUGGUAGCAAGGACAAAAAGUUGUGGAGUGGUAAAUAAUUGGGAAUAUAUUACUAAGAGCUUCAAGUGUUAUUAUUAAUCUUGCGAAGA